UCAUUAGGUAGAUUCUAGUGCAAGUAUCCUGAACAUCAUUGUGGGAGCCCACUUCAUUAUGUAAGUACAAUGUAGGUGGUAUUUUUAUUUCAUAACAAUACGGAAAAGUCCUUGUAAAUCUGUUGAACAUGAACCAAUUUCGAUUUCACCUUUAAUUAAGACUAGGAUUGAAUUUUGAGCCAUGUCUCUUUAACACAUCUUGUGUUGAGAAUUUCACAAUUGUUUUUUUUUUCAAUAGAGAACAGAGGAUAUCUGGAAUUAUUUAAAUUAAUUUCAAUGUAAUAUCUGUUAGGUGCUGCAACUCAUGGAACAGACCUUGUGAACCACCCACGAGCUUACGGUCAGCUAAGUCACCCAUCCGUUUUUCGUGAUAACAUCAAUCUUCAAUGGGAACAAAGAGUGCUGUUUCCAUUUCUUGGAGAAGAAUUGCAUCUGAUAUUACUUACUUGUAUCACCUUACUACACGAUGGGAGCCUCUCAGUAUUAUUAUUGAUGGAGCAAUAUAUCGGGUUUCAAUAUCGUGAUAAUAUUGCUUCAGCGGCCAGCGUGAUACCUGGGAAAAUUCAACACUUUUGUAGCAGUAUAAGCAAGGAAGCCAUGGGAGGAUGAACGAAUGUGGCUGCAGUAUAAAAGAGAGUCCCAAACUUCUACUGAACACAUUGUCCCACACAGACAUUGAGUGUUAAGUCGUUUAAUUCCUACAGUCCUUUUAAUUUGUCAGUAAUGUACUUUACCAUGUCUAAAUUGUUGGUCCUGUUGGCCGUUGUUGCCUUGCAAUCGUCUACCUGCUCAGCCCAGGAAUUCAGUAUCUUCGGCCCUCUCUUUUCCGGUGUUACUUCUUUUACGAUGGUAACAUCAACAUCGACUCUCACCAAACCAACACCUUGCUUCAUCACUUCCGGCGACAACGUCACGGCAUGUCGCCGAAAACGUGGAAUUGAAGAGAAAUCCGAAAUUAUUCAAUUUGAUGAGGAGGAAUUUGAACCAUCAGUAGUUAUGGGGAUCGAGCCUACCGCAGCCCCCUUGACUUUCAGAUCCCUUGCCGAUUCCAGUAACGUGAUCGCAAGUUCGUUUGACGACGACUCGUUUCAUACUUCUGUCAACAUUUUCCGCCAAUUGGCUGUUAAAGGCAGGAAUAAUCGGAUUCCGGUCGGCGAUUGCGGCAUGAGGAUCCUUAACUUGAGUCAACUUCUUUCCUGUUUGGGAUUGACCGUCCAGGAAACAACAACCCUAACUGCCACUUUCACAAUAACCAAGACUUUAUCAUCCGGUUUUACUACCAUGACCGUGGCUGGAUGCACUCCGGCAGGUUUCCCCGUUCUUUCUUGCCCAAUUGAUAAUACCAGCACUCCUCCUACUACACCGACCACAACAACAACGACAACAACAACUGGGAUUACGGCUGUGGGCACAAAAACUGCGAGAAUGGUCCGUCGAUUCAAAAAUGUAAAUCAAUCCGCGUAGGAGACACGGAAUUGAAUUUCCAUUAAGUAGAGGCGACUUUUCUUAGCUGAAGCAAUUUUGCUGAUGAAUUUGGUUUGGAAGGAUUUUCUAUUUUUGCUAUUAUGAAACUUAUUUAUUUACAUCAUUGUUUUAAUGUAACAUUUUUAUUUAUCUUGGAAAUGAUGGCUGACAAACUCCUUUACGAAAAGUAUAUAUUUUUUUCUUUUUUUUUUUUAGAUUUCAUACCAUCUUGUGAGCUAUAUCUAGCCAUCAAUUAAUUAAAUCAAUAUACUACUCACGUAAAACAAAUAAUUGCAGAAUGAAUUGAAGUCGUCAAUUUCUUCACAAUUGACUUACUAAAUCAAAUAUGCAUACGUAAUUUGCUAUUCUAUACUGUAGCCUUCGUAUGUCACAGUCCAUAUUCCAACAAAUGUCAUCAAAUUUCUUAUCAUAUACAUAGGAACUAUACUAUUCAUGAUAAACGCGAUAUUGGACUCGGCAGUCAAUCACGCAAAGAGAGCAGAAGUUGACUGAUUUUUUAAGGAGGUCAACGUGGUAUUUCAACAAAUUAAUUUAUGAAUGAUUAAUGUAUGGCUUGUACCGCACUUUUGAAAGAUGAAAAACGCAAGAUUUCGACAUCAGUGAAUGGCCAAGCACGCUAAUGAGCAUCAAACAAAGUGAUUUUACAAGGGCGAAUCAUAUCGGAAACGGUAUAAAAAGAAAGUGGAAAGUUCGAUUGAACAUAUUGUAUCUUCAAACUCUUCACAAUUCAGUCGCUUUAUUCAGUCAAACUUCUGUAAUACUAUUUCAAAAUGCAUUUUGUUAUGCCUAAAUUGUUGGUUUUGCUGGCCGUUGUUGUCUUGCAAUCGUCUGUGUGCUCAGCGCAAGCAUUCAGUAUCUUCGGCCCUCUCUUUUCCGGUGUUACUUCUUUCACUUUGGCAACAUCAACGAUGACUUUGACCAAGCCCACGCCCUGUUUCAUCACUGCCGGUAAAAAUGUUACCCAAUGUCGGCGAAAACGUGGAGUAGAAGAGAAUCAGCAAAUUAUUCAAUUUAAUGAGGAGGAAUUUGCACCAUCAGUAGUUAUGGGGAUUGAGCCUACCAUAGCUCCUUUGACUUUGAGGUCGUUUCUCGACUCGAAUUCGAUUCUCAGUUCGUUUGAAGACGACUCGUAUCGCACCUCCGUCAACAUUUUCCGUCAAUUGGCUGUUAAAGGCAGGAAUAAUCAAAUUCCUGUUGGUGAUUGUGGCAACUCCACCGUCAACUUGAGUCAACUUCUUUCCUGUUUGGGCCUAACUGUGCAGGAAACAACGACGCUAACUGCCACUUUCACGCUAACCCAGACGUUAUCAUCUGGUUUUACCACUUUGACUGUAGCAGGUUGUACUCCGUCAGGAUUUCCUAUUCUUGCCUGUCCUAAACCGUCCAUCCCAGUGACUGUCAAAGCCACCACUAUGGCUACUAAGUUGUUUAAACCUAACUUAAACGUUUGAUUAUUUUAUUCCAAUUUCUCUGAACAUCGCAGCCAACAAUAUUCUACUUGAAUCGCUGUUUGGAUAUGAGAUGAUAAUUUUGUGGGUUACUUUUAUCUUCGCAUUUGGUUAUAGCGUAAAAAUAAUUCUUGCUACCGCAUUUUUAAUCUUUACUUGCAUUAUUACUUCAAAUCUUAUGUGAGUUUUGUUUACAAUAUGUAUUUCUAUAUUUUGUUAUUGGUCACAGCAAUAAAAGGUUCUUUGGGUU